AGCUCAUAGGAGAACAGACAUCCAAAGCUGUGCACACAUCAGGAAUCAGUCAUUACAAGGAAUCUGGAAAUCUGAAGAUAUCCAACAACACAAUGAAUACCAGUGACAGUGACAGUGACACAGAAUGUCAGGAUAACAUAGACAAAUACAGACCGCUAUAUAUUUUCUACUCUUCUGUGGUAAUGUUUGAGUUCAUUUUGGGACUCCUUCUGAACAUCACUGUUAUCCAUGUCUUCAUCUUCAAGCUCAAGUUCUGGAAAUCUAAAACCAUCUACAUUUUCCUGUUCAAUCUGGUCUUGGCUGAUAUUUUGUUGCUGAUUGGUUUGCCUGUAAAGGCGUAUAACUUUCAGCAAUGCAGCGAAAAUAAGGUAGUUUGCAAAGUGCAGCUCUUUUUGCAGUUUCUGAAUCGAGGAGCCAGCAUUGCCUUUCUGACUGUCGUCUCCAUUUAUCGAUAUUUAAGCGUGGUUCAUCCUAAGAAGAGGAAAGUCAUAAGGAUUCUGAAUAGAUCGCCUCAAAUUUCCAUAUUCAUCUGGGUGCUGCUUGGGAUUCUGACCAUUCCGGCGAUGACGCAGAGCUUUAUCAGAUGCAAGAGCAAUGAAAAUGACGUCUUCAACUUUAUGAUCCAAUUCUGUACUGUCUGAGCAGCACAAAAUUUAAGAAGUUAUACGAGUCAAUAUAUUUCCCCUGUCUGUUGGAGAAGGAACAAACAGAAACUUCAGAAGAUAACUCCCAGUGACUGAUCGAACAAAAAUAGUGUCAAAAAGAUGCUUUGUAAAGACAUUUUAGAGAAAAUUUUAUUCAGUUACUUAUGUAAAUGUGUACUUAUGCAUAAAUAAUGGAGGGUGGGGGGUGGGGGGAGGGGUGUUGUACUUGCUUGUUUUAAUUAUUGGGGGGUUGCCACACCCACCUCAUCCCCGGAAUCUACACCCCUGAAUAUGUAUAUAAAAUAGGUUCGUUUUAGGUGCUGUUGUUGGUCACCAUUGCUUUUUCCCUUUACUAGUGAAUUUUAUGAUCCGGCGGUGUGACAAAUUAAUUUUUAAGAACAAAGAACAAACAUUCCAUAUACUCUCUCAUAAAAGUGGAAUGUAUAAUUAUAACAGAAUCAACAAUAUCCUAUUUUAAAGUCAACUUCUAACAUCUAAACUUUCCAAAACUAUUUCAUGUCUAUCUCCACCUUAAUUCUUUAAUUAAUCAUCUGUUUACGUUUGGGUUUUUAUUAUUUUGCACAUAAUGGACUUUCUAUCAAAGCUGAUUUAUGUGAUGUAAAUCUGAUUCAUGUUCUGUGAUUGCAGACAGCUGUCUGGUUUCUCUGUACCUCCUUAGGGGCUGUUCAGACCAAACAUGUCCUUGCGCUAAAAGAAGUUCUUCUGACUUGACACAGCAUCUAAAAACAAUGUGGCUUCCCAGCGUGAGACAAUGAAAAAACUGCCAGAAUCAACAACUAUCUCUAGUUUACAUAGAAAUACAAAUCGUUUGGUGUGAACAGCCCCUUAUAAUGUGGGGAAUUUCUCUGUCAGGCACAGAGAAGGAUCAAUUUCCGGGUUUUUACUUUGUUGUAGUCUAACAAAAUCUGCAUUUAAGUGUUUAUGAUUUUGUAUAUAAAUAUUUAGAUCAUAGGGUAUGUUAAACUGAAUUUUCUUACAACAACAUUGUAAAGUAUAAAGUAAAGUACAGCAUUAUACAGUGCACAUUUCCUCUAUGAAGUUAAAGAUCCAACAAAUCAA